UUGUCCGCGUCUGGCCCGAGCGAUGACGUAGGGAUCGCUGUACCGGAAGUCUUGCUGUGCUGACUUGGUGGGUUUUCUGCCUGCCUGGCGUUGGGACUCGCCGUAGAGCCACCAUGGCGCCAAAGGGAAAGGUGGGAACCAAAGGUAAAAAGCAGAUAUUUGAAGAAAACAAGGAUACACUCAAGUUCUAUUUGCGGAUCAUCUUGGGAGCUAAUGCCAUUUAUGGAAUUGUUAACUUUGUGGUCUUCUAUGCAGCAGCAACUGCCUGGAGUUGGAUUUUAUUUGUGUUCAGUUUGAUGAUCUACGGGGCCAGUUACCGCUCAAUGAGCUCCAUGGCAAAGCCUUCUUUUGCGGAUGAUGGCAGCCUUGCAGAUGGUGGAAUUGACCUGAAUAUGGAGCAGGGGAUGGCAGAGCAUCUGAAGGAUGUGAUCUUGCUUACAGCCAUAAUCCAAGUGCUCAGCUGUUUUUCCCUUUAUGUGUGGUACUUCUGGCUCUUGGCUCCGGGUCGAGCACUCUAUCUCCUCUGGGUUAACAUCCUAGGGCCUUGGCUCACUGCAGAUUCUUCAGCCGCCAACCAGGAGCCUAACGAAAAGAAGCAGCGUCGGCAGGAACGCCGUCAGAUGAAGCGCUUUUAGCUGUGCUCAUGGAAAUAGAUAUCAUGCCACCUGUUGUCUCCGUGUGGCUGCUUAUCAGGGAUGUGAUUUCUUUUUAACCAAUCAGAAACGUCAGGGGUUUCUUCUCUCUGCUGACUCUCCCCUUCUGUGACAGCAGUUCACUAUAAGGCAGGGCUGUGGAAUCUCUGUCCCUCCCAGUUGCUGCCAAACUCCAUCUCCCCAUAUUCCUGACCAUCGGCCAUGCUGCCUGGGGUUGAUGGGAUUUGGAGUCUCAAAGCACCUGGAUGGUCACAGGUUCUCCAUCUGCGCUAUAAGGCUCAAUUGUUUCAGGGGAAGUGUCGCCAGGCAGAUACUUGGCCUUCAUCUGCUUUGUGACAAGUGGGGAGGGGACCUCUUGGAUGUUGGAGGUGUGUAAAUAUCUUUAUAAAGUGAUGCUGUAAUAUGAAUCUAAGGGUGGAGGCAAUGCAGAGUUUUAAGAAAUGGUUCAUUAAAAAAAAACAAAAGGCUAUAAGAGUAUAUGAGAGUGCUUGUGGCUGAACUUGGUUUUAUAUCAUCACAACUUGUACCUUUCACAUUUGUUGACCCAUUUCUAAGUGGGUACAGUAAAUAAAACCAAAAUACAAAACAA